AUGAGUAAAAGCAAUGUUUCAGCCAGGGAUGCCUGUUGCCCAAUUCGACAUAGAGCGUCUGGAGGGAAGGAGACUGUGUUCGUCAGACCUCUAACCAUUGACCAACCUGGUAUGAGAGACUCUUUUUCUUUUCAACCUUUAAACCGGACCGAAUGCGGUCGGCACUCGACGGCGGAAGAUUCUUUCAGUCGGGUUAGUGAUUCAGGUGUUGCGACCGACUGUUCCUUCCUAUCGGAACUAGAUAAAACUGCCAACAGCGCACCUCAUAUCUCCAGUACGAGAAAUGAACCCACAGGUUCUAGCCUGGCUCAUGCGUCUACACCUUCGGAGCUUCCGAAGCAAUCAUCAGAUGUCAGUCCCCAGAAGAAGUCACCUGAUCUUUCCCAGUCUAUACUGGAUCUUCUGAAACCACCGUUGAAGAAAACCGUAACCAGGGAAUCAGAAGAGGUGCGUCUGAUCAAGCUGUACCAACAUGCCCUUCGACUAUGCUCAUCUGGCUCCACGGCGGAUGAGUUUUCCGCAAAGCCGCUGCUGGAGAGUAUCGUCGGGAGCUUCCUGUUGAAAUCCAGUAAUCUACCCUCUCAGCUAAGAUCGAUCAAGUUCGCAGCUUGCAAGCUACUGGGUGGGAUAUACACGCGUUUGGAACAGAACUCGAAAGCUCUGAGGUUAUUCAGUAAAGCAAUCCAACUCGAUGGCAAUGAUAUGUGUCUUUGGCUCCGACUAUUUCGCGUUGCCAAACGUUGUGGACAAUUCGAUCAGGCUAGUCUGGCAUUGGAUCAUAUCCUCACUGAACGACCCACCCACCCAAUCGCCCUACCCUUGUCUCUUCCAUUCUAUCUCGCCAUUUCAGAAUUCGAGGUGUGCUUGGAAUUGUCUGCGCGAGCCCUGAAACUGGAUCCUCUGGAUGAACGCGCAUUAUACUGCAUACAACGCAUCGGGAGUCUGCAACCGAGUUUGUUGAUUUUCACAAAGGACAAAUUCGAUAUUAAGUAUGUCUUUUUCUUGUGUUCCAUAGUGUUGGUCUUUUCACUUGCUCUUAUGUUGCCUUUGCUGUUCUCUUCCAGUCCUGAUGUCUUAAGCGAACCAAUCUCAGAAGAGACUCGGACUAGGAUGGAUCGCGAAGUUGACGAGAUACGAACAGUCUACAGAAAACAGCGAGAUGCUGACGCUGAUGCCGAGUUGUUCAAAAUAAAACGUGUCGACUUUCCUGAACUGUCAGGUCCACUGACGUGGGAAAACCUCCUUGAGGUUACGGUCAGCUUGUUUGACGAUUUGGAUGCGGCCUCGGAAUUGAACUCAGUUUUAAAUUUGGAAGCGUUAAUUCCGGAAGGUGUGUCCGACGGCCGGUGUAGUCAGUCAGCAGCCGAGGUUACGAACGCCCCCGCGUCGCCAAAUCCAGCUGACGCAACUGAGGAAGAUCAGCCACGCAAUUUGGAGGUUCUUGUGGAGACAUCUGUUGCGAACGUAAUGUCCAGUGAACCUGUAGAAGAGUCAGAUACAAACGAACGCGAAAAGGAGUGUAAUGGAUCGUUGGAUGUUUCAGAUACUGUAGAAAAACGUCGUUCUGCUAGGGCUAGACCAGUGGUGGAUUUAACCGACGGACUGAAUCGGUAUCGAACCAAACGUGGUUGGUGCAGCGAAUUUGAAUCCAAGCCACUGCAAGGCCGAAAUGAGCGGUCACCUCAGAAGAAUGGGGAUACUUUGACUCGGUUCCGCCUGGCCGAACAAAUGUCCACCUUACUGCCCAGUGUAUUUCGUUGGCAGUUCGAGAGUGGUCGCUUGAUCGCUGUACUGAUNGUGGAUUUAACCGACGGACUGAAUCGGUAUCGAACCAAACGUGGUUGGUGCAGCGAAUUUGAAUCCAAGCCACUGCAAGGCCGAAAUGAGCGGUCACCUCAGAAGAAUGGGGAUAUUUUGACUCGGUUCCGCUUGGCUGAACAAAUGUCCACCUUACUGCCCAGUGUAUUUCGCGAUUUAGCUCAGUUUGCGCGCUCCAAGAAUACUAGUCAGGUUGAAGAUGCUCCAGCAGUAAGUGGAACCACGCUGCGUCGACUGUCUUUGGACAACGGCUUGACUGAUGACUCAGUUCACUUCGGUCAACAAACCUUUUUCCUGGCUUUUUCUACCACUUUUGUAGGAUCUGUCGGUCAACAGGAACAAUGGGCUACGACAACCGUUUAUAAUUUUGUCAAACUGCUUCAUGAAACCAAGCCGAAUGUCAUCACUUUCGGUAUUGCGUUGCUCCUGCAGGUUUCACAACUGUCUUCCUGUCGUUGGUCGUGCGAUCUGGCCUCACAUUACGUAGCGCUGUUUGACCGUCUACGAUGCAGUUUCCCACAUUCAUUCAUAUCACCUCAGGCAUACUUUGGACUGGAUUCUAUGCCGGGGCUGACCGAGGACGAGGAGGAAGACUCUGUCCUCCUUCCUACCAAUGUUCUUCAACUCCGACGCCCACCAAGUCUUAGCGUAAUCACCCGACUUCAUGUAACCUAUGUAGAACUGCGUUUGGAGCAGUUGGAACGGGUUAUCUCAUUUUCUGAUCCCCAGGUUCGGGAUCCGCGAGCAUCCGAGGAUGAACAGUUUCUUGCAAAUCAAACGAUAUUCACCCUACUGGACACAUUUGGCCUAUACGGAUCGAAUUCAUUUCAGUAUCAUUGCAUUCGAGCCCACUAUCUAUGGAUCAACUACCUCUUAAGCUCGUUGGUUCGGGACUAUCAGGAAAUGCGUAUUUUCGCAUCACUGCUGGAGGAGCUUUUGGUAGAAAACCGCCUGAAGCUGCAUCGGAACUAUAGCGUGUACCACGGGUCUCUAACCGUUGAUUAUGUGCGAAGUUUGUUAAGUGACCUCAAUGGAGUGACCGAAUUUGAGCAACUCAGUAAUCUUGCCAAACAGGACAAUCACAUACAAGUUGUGAAAGAUAUAUUGCUCAAUCUGAGGAAGAAGAAGUUGGCCUUUACUGGUCACUCCAAUUAUUCGGCAAUGACAGAUACCUCUGGUCACGUGAAGACUAUUGAUCAACUGGCUUUGUUUAGGACGUCUAUCAGACAUCUUGUCUUCCGAGCUGUUUCAUACGAAGGAGAACCUGAGUCUAUGGAACAGGAUGGGAACCCCGCUGGACAGUGGCUCCUUCUUUAUUCUGCUUCCGCCACUCUGCUGGACCACGCAUAUCAACUAUGCAUCCGGGAGAAUAAUUCAGAGAUCACCUUUGGAAGACAAACCGACAGAGAGGAUUUGCGAAAGUCUGCUUACGCGAUUGCUUUGGACGCCAUUGAGCUAAUUACCAUCUGUUGGAACGAAAUGGAAGCAGAUAGUCAGUCUGUCGGUCCAAGCAACUCUGCACCUUCCGGUCUAUGUGAAGCAGUGGCCGACGCUGGUCGAUUGCCGCUUCGAAUGCAUCUAUCCGAAACGUCGGUUGAACCUCCCCGGUGUGAUUCCACAAGCGUCGCUGCGAAUUCGGAAAGGACGGGUGAACUUUACAUCAGCGAGGCUUGCUACGCUGUAUCAGUGGUUUUGGAUUUCCUCGCAUGGUGUGUCCGAUCACAACCCGAAUUCGUCUGGUCCACUAGUCCGACUCGAGUUGUCUCUUUCGUUUUCGAACACUUGGCCUGCAUUGAACAAAGUGUUCCAACGGCCCUUCUCCCCGUGGAACUGCAACCUCUAACCCCGAACCAUUCAAUAGAGAGUGACGUCACUCAGCCAACCUAUAGGCUCCAGUUACUUUGUGGAACAGCCGCCGCGCCCCCAAGUCUUGCUUGGUUACAUAUAGCACAUCAUUUGUUGCAUAUCUCGUACAAGGGAAGUGGAGAACGUUUGGAACCUUUGGCUUUGUUGCGACAGAUUGUCAUUCGAACGCGUAUCCUCUUGGAUGCACAGACUGCAAACUGGGGCGGCCAACAAGCGGAGCUCUUGAAACUCCAUACGGAGGAGCAACCUGACAUGAGAUCGAAAGAGCAAGAUGGGGCUAAUUUGAACGCCGAACUGGAGGAAUCGGUGACGGUGGGGAACAAUGAUGAUGAAACAGUUGCUUGUGUGGACGAGCUAGACUUGCUGCGAUCGUGGCCUUGUGGUGUUGUGAGUAUUAAUCAAGUCCUUGCUCAGGCACUUCAUUGUCUGCUACCUACUACUGUGCUGGCAGAUGUGAAUAGUUCUGUGGCUACUUACGACCCAAAUGCGAGCGAAGUUCUAUUUCAAGUGGAUCAGCUGCAACAGCAUCAGCAACAGUCUUCUUCCCAGCCUGCCCAUUUGGGUCAAAGUCGUUCAUGUGCCGCCCACCUAUUCCAACGGGUUCCAUUAUGGACGCAGUAUUUGAGUAAGCUGUUUGUACAAGGCCAACUAUCUGACUUCUCAAGGCCCGUGUCUUCGUCUAACAACCCUGCUGCCUGGUGGGUAACCGAUCGCUCGGUGUCCACAGAUUCUAGUUCUGAAAGAAAAAUUUUGGACUGGAGUUGUAUGCAGACUGUGUUCUAUUUCUGCUGCCCCAGCAUCCUGCCUGAGUAUGACAGUGUGAAAACUCUGUCAAUCACAUCGGAGGUGCUUCAGUUACUACUUGAAACAUGCAAGAUUUUGCCCGCGAGUGAGGAAGCGUGUCUGCUUCAUCCGAACGAAGUGGAACUUAUGAUGCAGACAAAAGUGCCCGGCUCGCUCGGUCUACCGGAACAGCCAGCAAAUCUUAGUCCGAUGACCAAACUAAUGUACUACCUGAUCGCCGACUAUUACAUGAAGAACAACAAUUUCGAUGGCGCGGUCGAAUACUACCUGAAAGAUCUUCGUGCCUGCCCGCAACGCAGCGAUACUUGGGCCGCUCUUGCUCUAAUCUACCACAGCGAGCUGGAGCAGAUUGUGAAUCUGACCAGUUUGCGAACCGAACGAGUCUCGCCCGACGCUGUGUCACGUUGCCUCCGUUGUUUUACCGUCUCGCUCUUACUGUUACCUAAUGCAGUCACGCUGUUCAUCGAACGUGGUUGUCUCACCUAUCAGUUGCAUUCCUAUUCGGCUCGAAUGGUCAAAAAGUCAGUCAGUCGAACUUUUCCUGAAGCACAUUUGAAUCUUUGUCGCAAAUGGCGAUAUCGCAUGUUACGAGUGGCGCGUUCCUCUUAUACCGAGGUUCUGGCCCUCGCUCGCUCAAUCCCGUCGACUGGCAAUUCACCUUGUGAAGCUGUCGACGGUGUUCACGAGUCGCGGCCAACAGUCGACAGUCCGAGAUACAACAAACAAGCCACCGAAGAGGAAUGGUUGUGCCACUACAUGCUGGCAAAGUGUUCCGAAAAAGAAGCCAAUUUGCUGGUGGCAAAUGACCCUGAAGCACGUGGGAUCGCACAGUACCUGCUCGGUGUUCUGCAAGCAUACAAUGGAGCGUUGGAAGCCUUGGAUGCUGCUGGGGCAAAAUACCCGAAGAAGAUUAUCGUCUAUCACAAACUGCCGUUUCGUGCGGUGGAAGCGAUCGAAGUAUUCUAUCGGAUCCACGCCUUGGCUCUGAAAACCCUACUCCAUUAUGGUCCACCUAGUGAGGCAGAAGUUGAUCCUGGACUUGACCAAAUUCCACUCCACAAGCUUCUGGAAUUUUUGACGAAGCUGCAGUCGUCCGAAUUUGUUGCAGGCGCGGGCAAGCCACGUGCAGUUUUUCUCGACUUGGUUAACAAAGCGUCCACUUUUGCCUUCUCCAGUCGAAGCAGGAAGCGUCCUGCCAAUUCAUCCUCCUUACAAACCAAAGGUAGUUGUGUAGGACCUCCUCCAAAACAAAUCUGUGAGGCCUCCUUAGUGCCAUCAGAGAAGGCUCCACAUCCAAGGGAGGCAUCGCAAGCAAAGAACGCACCAACAUCCUCGGAGAUUACAGAGCGCAAUCGAGUAAUUAUCGAAGAGCUGGCGACUUUGUCUUCGCAAGACGACUUCAUUGAUCUUACAUCGGCUGCGAAUUCUCCGGACGAAAAUAACUCUCCGGAACCAGAACAUGCCACCGCAGAACAGAGUCCGCUAACAAUCUGGAAAGAAUGUGUGGCUCGAUGUCGUUGCGCAUUGGAGCUCGUGCUGCAACGUCUUCCUUUGCACUACAAGGCCAUGUACAGACUGGCUGACCUUUACUGUCGAGCUCCUCAUCUCAAGGACUUGGACAAGGCCCUGAGUAUCCUUUUGGGUCCUUUGGACGAAUCUACCAAGCCAACGGUAGGAGGACUUUUCAAAGAUAGGAAACAAAAUAACUUUUUCCAUGGCGUAUGGCGAAUACCGACGGCGGACAUUGACCGAAGCGGCAAUUUCGCAGCACACAUGUAUCGGUCUGUCAGUCUUACCUUGGUUUUGCUGUACGAGAAAGGCGACUGGCGUCAUUUGGUUCACAUCUUCCACCAGUUGCGCAAACAGCCUCCAGAAGAGAAACGCGGUUUCCUGGGCGAGGGUGAUCGCGUUUUUCUGGCUCGGCGAGCAUUCACUCUCAUCCGGCCCACUUUGGUGACGUGGUUGACGCAACUUUCUCAGUCGUUAUCGACCAGCUUCGAUGAUUUGCUAAAGGCCACUUUGGCGGGAAACGUCCCUGCGCCAGACGCUUUCCACGGACCCCAACGAUUAGGAUUCGUCACUACGGAGACGCUGACACAAAUCUACCGGCUACACUGCGUAUCUUUUUCACGGAACUCGUCGACAGGUGGUUCUCCCAGACCGGGAACUGAAUCGAAGGAAGCCAGUCUAGUCUGCCAGAAAACAGCUACUGUUGAAGCGGUUGAACUUUCCGGUUAUGCCGAUAUCCUGAGCUUGGCGUUCCGGUUUUGUCCGAUGGCUUGGGACUCCCGUGGCCCGGAUAUCCCUCUGGAAGCUAUUCUAAAACGUUGUGCGGAGCUCACUAACUCAAGGCCACCGGCUGCAUCGGUUCAUCCGAGCACGUCAAGCCGACCCGAUUCCAAUCGAGCACCGACCGUUGCACCCACUUCCCGCGUCCCAUAGAUACCUUGUUGACCUUGAGGUCUAUCUUGUGCAUUUAUUUGCAUACUACUUCUCCAUCCCCGGUGCCAUCAGUCCUUCGUCUUUUUGUAUAUUACAUUUCAACUAUUUCUAACAAUAUACUUCAUUUCCA